AUGCGGGACCUCCCACUCCCUCCGGCAGCUGCGAAAGUGGUAUCAUACGCGAAUGAUGUCACCUUCUUCUGCCAGUACCAUCACAUUGAUCAGGCUGCACAGGUCCUCUCGGAGUCCAUGCCUGAUGUCAUGAACUUCUUCAAUCAGCGCGGGUUGACGAUCUCAGCAGCCAAGUCAUCCGUCACUGUUUUUACACUGGACCCGAAAGAGUAA